AUGCAAACGAAGAACAUGAUUGAUCCAUCGCUGGAGAAUGUUUCCAGAGUUUUAGAAUUUACACUCUCUGGUCUGAAUGAAACAAUGGAAAACCGAUAUGUGUUAUUUUCACUGACAGCACUGUUUUAUCCCCUAAUGGUGUUGUGUAAUAUAACUGUAAUUUACACUGUAAUCUCACAUAAGACACUUCAUGAGCCAAUGUAUAUGUUUAUAUGUAACUUGUGUAUAAAUGCACUUUAUGGCACUGCUGGAUUCUACCCUAAAUUCAUGUAUGAUUUAUUAUCCCAGUACCAUGUGAUUUCUUAUGCUGAAUGUUUGAUUCAGAUAUUUGUUAUUUAUUCAUCUGCUCUGUGUGACUUUUCAACAUUAACAGUGAUGGCAUAUGACAGGUUUGUGGCAAUAUGUAGACCACUGGAAUAUCACUCAAAAAUGAGUAAUAAGAGGGUUCUUGAAUGUAUUCUUUUCUGCUGGCUGGCUCCAUUUUUUUGCAUGUCUGUUCUAAUAGCAUUAACAUCAAGUCUCACCUUAUGUGGCUCUAGUAUUGAAAAGUUAUAUUGUGAGAUUUGGGCGGUUGCUAAACUUUCUUGUUUUUCUACAACAGUAAAUAAUGUGUUUGGGUACACUGUUAUUCUUACAUACUUUGGACAUGCAGUAUUAAUAUUUUGCUCAUAUAUUCACUUGAUUCAAAAGUGCAGGAGCUCAAUAGAGGGAAGGCACAAAUUCAUACAGACUUGUGUACCUCAUCUGCUUUCAUUGCUCAAUGUAACUGUUGCAUUGCUGUUUGAUGUAUUGUACAGCCGUUAUGGUUCUCGAAAUUUGCCACAAGGUGUGCGUAAUUUUAUGGCAUUGGAAUUCCUACUCAUACCCCCCAUUUUAAACCCCCUUAUUUAUGGACUAAAUCUGACAAAAAUACGCAAGCAAGUUAUGAGAAUGUUUUUCAAGAAACAAGUAGGAAUAUCUGAUUAA